UUCCAUUCCACUGCUACAGAAUUUCUGUUUACAUCACACCUUAUUUGUUAGGAAAUGUCAAUGCCAUAUGUGAUACAUAUGAUCUGGAUGAGAACAUUAAAUUCAGGUUAUCAAUUACCCAAAGUAAUAAAUUCUGAAGUGCAGGUCACCAGGUGAUACUAUAUAUUUGCAUAUUUACAUUCACCUGACCGGAAAAGUUUCAGCCAGUUCAACAAGCAAAGGAAUAGCACUGGCUGCUCAUUACAUGUACAGAGAGCAGACCGAGAGGAAGACACUCCGCUAACACUCAAAUACAAGGAAAAGGGUUCUGUGAGUCUACAGAACUUCAGGUGUUCAAGAAAUUGAGGGCAGAAGAUGAAUAGCAAUGCGAUCUAUGACAAUGUUGCUCAUGUGAACUAUGGGUUCCAACACGAGGAACAGCGGCCUCCUCAAUAUGCCCCUUCAUCUGAUUUACCUCCUCAAUACCAGAAUACCUCUCCCUCAAAUCCAUCAGACAGGUACUCACCUGCUCAGAGCCUAAAUCAGUAUAUACCUCAAAAAGGACCUGUAAAGACCCACUCCACUACAACACCUGGAUUCCACCAUGUCGUUAACAAAGUUCCCAGGAAAAGAAUAUGGCCGUAUGUCGUGGGCACUGUCAUCACCCUCCUUGUCAUUGCCGUGGUUGUUAUAGCUGCAUUGCUUUGGUAUUUCGGUAUGUUCAAUUGUCAAGAACGGCGCUGUACAGCAGAUCAGCAAUGCAUCAGCCACUCACAGUGGUGUAACGGCGUUCCAGACUGUCCAUCAGGAGAAGAUGAAGCUCACUGCUUUCGUCUGUAUGGAUCAGAUUUCAUUCUUCAAAUGUACUCAUAUGAGAGCCGCAAGUGGGAGAACGUGUGUUCUUCUGGAUGGAACAAAAACCUCGGAAGACAAGCUUGUGAGGAGAUUGGAUACAGCAGCGAUACCUAUGUAGGCUACAAUAGCAUGUCCUCAAGAGCAUUACUGGACAACACGAUGGUUAAGACAGAUUUUCUCAGCUCUUCCAAUCUGAAUAUGUCCACACGAAGUUUUCUGAUUAAAAGUUCAGACUGCCCAUCUAACAGUGUAGUGGCACUCAAAUGUACUGGUAAGAGAAUUUCUUUUUCUAUUUCUUCCACCAGAGAAGUUUUUUUUACUUAAGCAUGCACAGCAUUCUGUUUAUG